GGUAGAGCCGGCCCGUGGCCGCAGAGGGAGCACGGCGCGCGCGUACGAGCGGCCAGCCGGCUGCAUGGCUCGCUGCGAGCGGCUGCGUGGCGCGGCCCUGCGCGAGGUACUGGGCCAGGCGCAGGGCGUCUUGUUCGACUGUGACGGGGUGCUGUGGAACGGCGAGCGUACCGUACCCGGCGCCCCCGAGUUGCUGCAGCGGCUGGCGCGGGCGGGCAAGGCCACACUGUUCGUGAGCAACAACAGCCGGCGCGCGCGACCGGAGCUGGCGCUGCGCUUCACCCGCCUGGGCUUUGCGGGGCUGCGCGCUGAGCAGCUCUUCAGCUCAGCGCUGUGUGCCGCGCGCCUGCUGUGCCAGCGUCUGCCGGGGCAGCCCGACGCACCGGGCACUGUGUUCGUGCUGGGCGGUGAAGGGCUGCGCGCUGAGCUGCGUGCCGCGGGACUGCGCCUGGCGGGGGACCCCGGCGACGACGACACGCGCGUGCGCGCUGUGCUCGUGGGCUACGACGAGCACUUCUCCUUCGCCAGGCUGAGCGAGGCGUGCGCGCACCUGCGCGACCCCGACUGCCUGCUCGUAGCCACCGAUCGCGACCCUUGGCACCCACUCAGCGACGGAAGCCGGACCCCCGGUACUGGAAGCCUGGCUGUGGCAGUGGAGACAGCCUCAGGACGCCAAGCCCUGGUGGUGGGCAAACCCAGCCCCUACAUGUUCCAGUGCAUCACCGAAGACUUCAGCGUGGACCCCGCCCGCACACUGAUGGUGGGUGACCGUCUAGAGACCGACAUCCUCUUUGGCCACCGCUGUGGCAUGACCACCGUGCUCACGCUCACAGGGGUCUCACGCCUCGAAGAAGCCCAGGCUUACCUGGCAGCUGGUCAACAUGACCUUGUACCUCACUACUAUGUGGAGAGCAUUGCGGACUUGAUGGAGGGCCUGGAUGACUGAGCUCCCCUCCCCUACCCCAAUCCUGUAGAUGGGGCCUCCAGGCCAUGAGUCACAUUCAACACCAUGAGCUCCCUUGCACAGGUGCCUAUUCUCCAGUGAAGGGAAGCUGGGAUCCAGGAAGGUUUGUGGGCUAUCAUAACCCUCCCAGCAAUGGCUUGACACUACUGUUCAGAAGCUGCCCCCCCACAGCUUGAAGGUUCACCCUGGCCUGACCCCACCAGGUGGCCUUAUUUCUUGCCCUGUCUCCUCCCUUCUUGAACUAUAUAUGGGCCCUGAAGCCAAAUGAAAAUUUUCUCCAACCCUGAGUACUUAGGCUCCUCCCCUUCUCUGGGACCUCUAGUGCUCUGACCUAUGUCCUUGUUGACCAAUCAGAGGUGUAGGGAACUCCAGCCCCAUUCUUGGCCUUUGUCUCACAGCGGGCCCUUAGUGGACCAAGUAGCAGCAUAUCCUGGAGCUCCAAAGCAUCAAUCAGAAGGCUAAGUGACAUUGAUUGCUGGAUAUCCAUCAGGACCAUAACAAUCCACUGGCCUCUCAGAUCCCAAAUACAACAAUUUUCAAAGUCCGAAACACGGUGGCUUUUUGACAAUCCUGGCCUGACUGGAUCAGCCAAGGGAUCGGGUCCUAGCAGGGCAGGGUGAUGAAUGCCUGUACUUUUAUAGCACUUUGGAGGCUGAAGCAGAAGGAUUGCUCUGAGUUUGGUGAUUUGGGUUGCAGAGUGAGACCUCAUCUCAAAAAGAUCAACAGACCAACUUCAAAGUCAAGUUUCUUCAGGAACUGAUCGGUGGAAUGGCAAGGCUCCCACCAUAGUACUGUCCAGUGUUGAUGGUUGCCACAGCUUGAAAGGGGGCCCUCAUGCCCUACCCAUUGCACUCAGUGCUUGCUGUGCCGCCAUCUAGCUGCCCAUACCCAGCUAUUUAUUUGUUUUUUAUUGGUUGUGUACCAGUGGUGACGGGGGCCAGGCAGGAUCUUCCCGCCACCUCCACCCUUGUUGUAACCAGUCCUUGAACUUAAUAAAAUGUGAGUGGGA